ACAAUUAUAUGUCUAUGCAAUUAUAUCCAAAGCAAGAUGAGUAAAAAUGCAAUGUGUGAGCUAAACAAAAUCUUUAACGAUAGUGAAUCUUAUGGAGACCGCUUGGCUGAAUUUUUGAAGGCUCAAGCAGCAAUCAAGCCACAAAAGAAUAAUUCAUUUGUAUUGGGCGGCAUUGACUUCUCAUUCGAUGUUGAUGUCGAUUUAAUUAAAUUGCCCCCAAAAGAACAACAGCUGCCACAGACAGACGUAUUCAAGCCAAAUAUCACAUACAAUGAGCAGGCAACGCAACAUAAUAGCCAACUGGCUGAACCAACAAUUGCAAAGGAGAAUGGUACACCAACGCGUGCUAGCAGCUUACCACCUCGGUCUUCGCUGCGACGCAGUGCUUCAGAUCGGCUACGUAUAAUGACCUUAAAAAGACGCUCACGAAGCUGUGGUUCUAGGAAAAUACCACAAGAGUCUUCUAACACAUCAUCAAAUUUUCUACCAGAUGUAAAUAGUACCGCAUUAUCACCGUUAAUAAAUCAGACGGUAAGGACGCCUGCUGCUGAAGCACAGUCGGUACGAAGAGUGCUUGAAUUGGAUGUCGCAGAUGAUGCCCUACAGCAACACGAUAAGUUAUUUUCAAGCUUUCAGAACAACAUGCUGAGCAUGGAACAAUGCAAUCAGACUUUCAGAUUGCCGAAGGCAACAGUGCAGUCAAGCUUGUCGGAAAGCAAGAGCGUGCAUCGCACGUAUACAGUAGAAAGAGGACCCGAGCCUGGACAGUUGCUGCUCUCGCCCAAAGCGGCUAAUGUCACUGCAUCACAACAGCUAAACUCAUCAUUAAGCACUACACUUGGAGCGCCACAACCGGGUAUACUACGUGCACCUUCAUUAAUGAAAACGCCCGAAGCCAUGUCACCAAAACGUGCCGUUUCAUUUUGCCAGACACAAACCGAAACGCAGCCGCAGCAAUUGAGCAACUUGAUACACAAUUUAUCAAUGAAUGCUACUGGAAAUUCCCCUUUUAUGGUCGUGCCGCUUGCCUGUCUCAGUCCCAAGCCAGGAACUCCAAUACAACCCACAGCAACAAAUUCAUCAUCCAAGCAAGAGCCUCAAGUAGCCAAUCGCAGCAUGCAAACUUCUGUAACUCCUAGAGUGGUUAAAGAUUUAAGUGAAAUUAUGACUGAUGAUGAAAGCGAUGAGGCAGAGUCCAGCACAGUUCCAUUAAAUUUAGCUCCAAAAACAUUGAAGCAACGCAAUCGUCAAAGCCCCAAAAGGACAAUAUAUAAUUUACACACCUCGUCCUUGAAGAACAUACAUAAUCAACAAAGCCAAGCCGCAAAACAUUCGGUUUUGAAUAAACCGUCGAUGCGACCCAUAAAUGGUGAAGAUUUCGCCAAGGAGCUUGCGCGCAUGAGCAACUAUGAGAUUCUGGACUUACGCAAAUGCAGUUCUCAGGGUAAGCUUGAGGCAUGGAAUGGAAAGCGCAGAUUAUCCAAGAGUGAUAAAUUAACUGUAAAGGAAAAUAUUGAAUUUGAAAUAUUGCGACGUAACUUGGAUAGUAUGUCAGAGAACAGUAUGUGCCAUGUUUCUAGCAGCACGUUACUUGGGCCAACAGCAGAGUUCAUGCAACAAUCUAUUUACGGCUCGCCACACAGAACAAUUCAAGCUGCAGCUGAUGGAGGCGAUGAGCAAGAGAUGCAGUCUCUAGGACGACGUUUGUCUAGAAGACUAAAUGCAUCUGCUCUGGCAAGAUCACCGUUGCCGCCACCUCAUGGAUUCAACAAUAGCUCUAUUAGCGAGCGUCCAUCUGGAAGCCAGCACGCGAAUGUAAAGAGACGUACACGCUCCAGAAGUCUUUGCUAUGUUUCCCCUGAAGGAAAUGAAUCAACAGCGCCAAUUGCACCACCAAGUGGCUUUAAUAAUAGUUCCAUGCAGGUACAAGAAAACAGCCAGCGCUUGCGGCUUAGAAGCCUAAAUGGAACUGCUCUGGCAGGAUCGCCGUUGCCACCACCGCAAGGAUUCAACAAUAGCUCCGUAAGCGGGAAACUAUCGGACGUAAAACGACGUACUCGAUCUAAAAGUCUUUGCAAUGUACCCAUUGAUGCAACUCUAUUAACAACGCCACUUGCACCACCAAGUGGCUUUAAUAAUAGUUCCAUGCAGGUACAAGAAAACAGCCAGCGCUUGCGGCUUAGAAGCCUAAAUGGAACUGCUCUGGCAGGAUCGCCGUUGCCACCACCGCAAGGAUUCAACAAUAGCUCCGUAAGCGGGAAACUAUCGGACGUAAAACGACGUACUCGAUCUAAAAGUCUUUGCAAUGUACCCAUUGAUGCAACUCUAUUAACAACGCCACUUGCACCACCAAGUGGCUUUAAUAAUAGUUCCAUGCAGGUACAAGAAAACAGCCAGCGCUUGCGGCUUAGAAGCCUAAAUGGAACUGCUCUGGCAGGAUCGCCGUUGCCACCACCGCAAGGAUUCAACAAUAGCUCCGUAAGCGGGAAACUAUCGGACGUAAAACGACGUACUCGAUCUAAAAGUCUUUGCAAUGUACCCAUUGAUGCAACUCUAUUAACAACGCCACUUGCACCACCAAGUGGCUUUAAUAAUAGUCCUAUACAACAGGAGAAAGUCCAUCAGCAGCACCAACAAACACUUGGUAACAUUUAUAACGAAUUGGCAAAUUCAUUUGUUUGUUCGUCGCCUUUGGCACCUCCAAACCAAUUUAACGACAGUACUAUUAAUAACCGUCAAUCCGUUGGUCCGCACGAAGAAACCCCCAGACGCUCGCGUCGAUCUCGCUCUGCUGAGCCAGCUGCAUCUUCAUUCAAUCAUAGACUGUCAACAGUGCCACCGCCCAUUGAAUUCAAGGAUAAUUCUAUACAACUGCAGAAACGACGCACACGCUUCGAGAAUCCUAAUGAUGGAUACACUGCUUCACUAUCCGAUUACCAAGCAAGGACAGAUACUGGGAAAGCGCGUAGAAGUUCCAUGCGCUUAGAGACUGUUUAUGAAAGCGAACAGAUAGAAAAUGUUGAGCAACUUGCAUCAGCAAUUUGCACUCCGCCAGCCCAGUUUCGUUUCUCUGCGCGAUUUAUAAAUGCGCCCGAAGCUGAUAUCGACGCAGUGAAUCAUGAGGAAAUAGUAGAGGGUACUGAUGAGCAAGUUGAACAGCCUUUAGAACGCAUAGAGGAGGAACCUACAGAUAUGCCAACACCAACAGAGGUACAAAAUCAGCUGCCACUGAACGAUACGUUUAAGAAACCUCUGCACCCAGCGCCACGUUCCAACCGUUUAAAGGAAUUGGAAAACACACUGACGACACCGCAGUCCAGUGAUAUAGAAUCUACUCUCGAACACAACACAAGUGAAAUUCGUAAAUCUGACCGUGGUCAAAUACCAUUGUGUACCAGCUUAUUGCAUUCUAUUGAAAAGCCCCUGGCUGAGAUUUUCAAUGGUGAUUUAAAAUUGCGACAGCAUCUGAUAGACCCUAAGGAAAGUGAAGAAGGCAAGCAGUCGCACAAAGAAACGGCACCUAAGAAGAGAGGACGACCUAAAAAGGUGCAGCUGACCAAGAAAACUAAAGAAAAAAAGACGAAUUUUAAAGUAAUGAACUCCACGAAAAAUAAAAAAGAUGAUAAGCAAAAGGACAAUACUGCCUUGGGAACAGCAACAAAAUCGCUUCCGCAGGUGCCUGAGGGAUUUCCAUUGAUGGACUGGCUGAAUGGUGGUAACGAAAAAAUGAUACAACAGGGCUAUAAUGAUGAGUACUAUAAAGACAUACAAACCGAUAAUGUUAAUAUCUCUCGGGCUAACAAUUUGCAGUUUGCCAUGUUGGAUGGCGUCGAAUAUGCCUUUUAUAAAGCUGAAUCAGGUUUACAGAUGGGUUACAUGCGAUUCAAACCACUCCAAAUCAAGGGCAUACAGCAUACAAAAAUAAAAUUGAUGUUUGUUGUACUACACGGCAUGUUUGAAGUUAGGACCAAGAACAAGUCUAAACAUAUAGAGGAAUUCAAAAUAAAAGCAGGUGACUAUUUGGAGGUCAAAGCGAACUGUCGCUAUAACAUUCAAAAUUGUUCGAAAAAUGUGGCGCUCAUUUAUUUAUUUUCGUAAUUUGUGCAACACUGCCCACUAGUGCUGCCACCAAACAUUGAUGGUUCCGAUAU